AUGGAAGUUCAAAUCAUCAAUGAUCUUUCUGAGCUUGGAGGUGCGGAUGUGAUUCCCAGAGUUCAGAUAAUGCCUUUAAUCAUGAAAUUUGUAUGUCAGCCGAAUCUCCCCAAGACAAACAUGUGUUCUGUGACAGAACUGAGAUGGUUGCUUUCUAAGAAUAAACAAGCCCAGUCGGAGUGGCUGCCACCGACCUAGGCUGCACCGAAACAAGCAAUCUUAAGAGUCCACUAUCAAUUUCUAUUGUGGAAUAACGAUGUUGUAGCAAACCUACAGACCAUUGGGUUGUCAUGA